AGGGAUAAAACGCGACGGCGUUAGUUGUGUUCGAUUUAGUGUCGCCCCGGCCGCGCAACGUGACGCAUCGCGCAACCUAACCCGAUCUACCCGCUCCCGCGCUCGCUUGCAGGUUUUUUUUUAUUUUUUUUUUAUUUUUCCCCCCUUCGCCUCUCUCUCACUCUCUCUCUCCUUCCGAGCCCGCGAUCUUAUAAACCGGCGACGGAUAAAACGCCGGUGAAUCAUGGACCCCGGCCAAGAGCGACAGUAAAACCGCAGCCGCGAAAAGCUUUUCGCGCACGCGAGCCGAUUUCUAUCAGGAAGAGAGAGAGGGAGAAUAAAAGAGCCGCAUCUCUUUUUCCGUCACCGAGUCACCGCGCCGAACGCACGUGACACACGACGUUCCGCGUGGGCAAGGACGACCGUGUUCGAGAGAGACCACGGCGACCAAACGUUCCGCCACGCGCUUCCCACCUUCACGUUCCCGCGUGAGCCCGCCGCGAUACUACACCAACAUCACCAUGUGGUCCACAGAACCGGGUAGCUUCACCUCCAACGGGAGCAUGAUCGUGGUGAGCAACAGGUUGCCGUUUGUGCUGAAGAGGAACGAGAUAACCGGCCAGCUGGAGCGCAAAGCCAGCGCCGGUGGUCUGGUUACCGCGGUAGCCCCCGUCGUUAUAAGCGGAAAUGGAGUUUGGGUCGGAUGGCCGGGCAUGCACAUGGAUAACCCGAACGAGCCGAUUCCCGAAUCGGAUCCCAACGAUCGCACGCCCACGGCUGGUCUGCUAUCGCGGAAGGUUGUCGCGGUACACGUCGACGCCGGCAUCUUCGACUCGUACUACAACGGAUGCUGCAAUGGAACCUUCUGGCCCCUCUUCCAUUCUAUGCCGGAUCGGGCGACCUUCAUCGCGGAACACUGGCGCGCGUAUUCCGCGGUCAACGAACAGUUCGCCGCGAAGACAGUCGGCGCCUUGGAACAAAUUCACAAGGAACAAGAGAACCAGCAGAACGGUACGCCGUUGGUGUGGGUUCACGAUUAUCAUCUGAUGUUGGCCGCCAAUUGGAUCAGACAGGCGGCCGAAGAGAAGAAUCUCAGGCUUAAAUUAGGUUUCUUCCUUCACAUACCCUUCCCGCCGUGGGACAUCUUCAGGCUGUUCCCGUGGGCCGACGAGAUCCUGCAGGGUAUGCUGGGAUGCGACAUGGUGGGUUUCCACAUUCAGGAUUAUUGCCUGAACUUCGUCGAUUGCUGCCAGAGGUGUCUCGGCUGCAGAGUGGACCGUAAGAACCUGCUGGUCGAACACGGCGGUAGAACGGUGCGGGUAAGACCGCUGCCGAUCGGUAUACCGUUCGACAGGUUCGUCUCGUUGGCGGAGACCGCGACGAAGGUCAUGCAGUCGAAUCAGAAGAUCGUCCUCGGCGUCGACCGGCUCGAUUACACGAAGGGCCUCGUUCACAGACUGAAGGCCUUCGAGAUGCUGCUGGAGAAACAUCCCGAGCAUCGCGAACAGGUGACGAUGCUUCAAAUCGCAGUACCCUCACGCACGGACGUCCGUGAGUAUCAGGAUCUGAAGCUCGAGAUGGAUCAGCUGAUCGGCUGCAUAAACGGUCGCUUCACGACGCCCAACUGGUCGCCCAUACGCUACAUCUACGGCUGCGUGAGCCAGGACGAGCUGGCGGCGUUCUACCGGGACGCCGCCGUCGCCCUCGUCACGCCGCUCCGGGACGGCAUGAAUUUAGUCGCCAAGGAAUUCGUCGCAUGUCAAAUCAACACGCCGCCGGGCGUGCUGAUAGUGUCGCCGUUCGCCGGGGCCGGCGAAAUGAUGCACGAAGCCUUGAUUUGCAAUCCUUAUGAGAUCGACGAGGCCGCGGAGGUGAUUCACAGGGCGCUAACCAUGCCCGAGGACGAACGCACGUUGAGGAUGAACCAUCUACGCCGACGUGAGAGGAUAUACGACGUCAACUACUGGAUGAAGUCCUUCCUCCAGGUGAUGGGAUCCCUCGAGGAGCACGAUUCCGUGGGCGCUACCACGAUGCAGCCCGUGACCAUGGAUGAUUUCGAUGAUUAUUUGAGCAAGUACAUCGGUGAUAAUCAUAAAUUGGCGCUUCUGUUGGAUUACGACGGCACGUUGGCGCCGAUCGCCACGCAUCCCGACCUGGCGAUCCUGCCGCUCGAGACGAAGAACGUCCUGCAGAGGCUGUCGAACAUGUCCGACGUUUAUAUCGCGAUCAUAUCGGGUAGAAACGUGAACAAUGUGAAAUCGAUGGUCGGGAUAGAGGGUAUCACGUACGCCGGGAACCACGGGUUGGAGAUCCUGCACCCGGACGGCAGCAAGUUCGUCCAUCCGAUGCCCGCCGAAUUGGAGGACAAGGUGGCCAGUUUGAUGCAAACGCUUCAGGAUCAGCUCUGCAGGGACGGCGCUUGGGUCGAGAAUAAAGGUGCGCUUCUCACGUUCCACUAUCGCGAAACUCCGAUGCAGGGUCGCCCGAAGAUGGUCGAUCAGGCUAAAAGACUUAUCGAGGGUGCGGGGUUCAAGGCGUGCACCGCGCAUUGCGCCAUCGAGGCGAAGCCGCCGGUCGAAUGGAAUAAGGGUCGUGCUUCCAUCUACAUCCUGCGCACGGCGUUCGGUCUAGAUUGGAGCGAGCGUAUCAGGAUUAUAUACGCUGGCGACGACGUCACGGACGAGGACGCGAUGAAGGCACUGAAAGGUAUGGCCGCUACUUUCCGCGUCGCGUCGUCGCAUAUCAUCCGCACGUCCGCGGAGAGACGUUUGCCCAGCACGGAUUCGGUUCUGACGAUGUUGAAGUGGGUCGAGAGGCAUCUCAGCAGACGCAAGCCGCGCAACAGCAUCGACAUCCCGGGCAUCCCGUCGCGAUUCCGGCGCGGCAGCGGCGGCAUCACGAUGGAGAUGUCCUACACCCCGCCAAAAACGCCCCUCGAAUCAUAAGGCGAUGCUCAAAAUGUGUCCCGCACCCCCGUUAGCAUAUCAGGUAUAUACCCGGCGAGAUAUAUAUCUAUCGUAGGAUUAUAAUGUACUACUCGUAGCGUAAAGUCAGCCUACAUAUAGACGGAGGAGCAAGAGGUAAUCGAAGGGAUCGCCGCGAGCAAUUCGAGAGCAAGUAAGAGCUAAAAAGAAGUUAACGAGGCCCCACGCCUAAACUCUUACGUCGAGUAUAACGCCGUUCAAGAGACUGUCGUGAUCGGAAAGUCUAAAGAAACGAGAUGAUUCUUUCUAAUUGAGAAGUGUAAUAACGAUAUUGCAUUACCAUAAUAAUGCAAUGGAGUCGCCGAGUCGAGAAAUAAAAUAACGAAGAAUCAAAUCGUUACGUUGACUCUCUAGCAUUUAACUAUCGAUGUAUUUCUUCCGAUACCGGUUAGACCUUAGCCCGAGAAAAAUAUCGAGCUCAUGCACGAGGCGAUAUCGCGAUAAACAGUUUUUCCGUGCGACUUAAAAGUUUUCCUUUGGCUCUGCACAACAGAAAGAUGUAUAUAUAUUAUAUAUAUAUAUCUAUAUUUUCGAUGUACGUAUUUCUUGCCAAAUUUAUAAUUGUAUCAUGUGGAACACGAUACGUAUGUUUCUCCGCGGAGAUGUAGCAUUUAAACACACACAAAAAAUGAAGACAGACAUUCGGCAGACAACAGCGAAACCUCGCAUAUUACAUUUUAUUACUUGCGUUUUACCUCGUUAACGAUUUCGGUAGCAUAGAUAUGACAAGAUAUGAAAGGACACUUUUCUUAGGAUACGAAACGUGUUUCUACGAAAGCAUUUUUUCUCUUUGAAAAUAUUCUAAUUAAUUUAUUUGUUUUUUCUUCCUCUUUCUCCUCCUUAAUGUUUUCAAUGACGGCCAGCUGCACCACGAAUAUUAGAAAUAGUGACCGUUAGCCUUCGGACAAGCGUGACACUAUAUACAAAAGAUCUUUUAUUAGAUUCUGUCGUUUUUCCAAGAAAAAAAAAACGCGAGAUAGAUACGAGUUCAUCUCUGAUAUUAAAACUACUAGUCUUCCUAACGCAGCAAUCGGAAUUCUUCGUGUCUAAGAAUAGAAAUUUAGUUUACAAUAUUAGAUUGCCUACUUAUCGUACAGUGCCGCAAUCGAGUCCAGAAAUGGAGUGCCAAUGCAAUUUGUAUUUUUGUGUCGCGCAAUUUACGGCAGAAAUGAUAUCGACAUAAAUAGUAAUGAAAGAACUCUAUAACUUUCAGGAAUAAGAACUUUGCGAUCUGUGAAUCUACAGCGGACGCAUAAAACUUGCGAUAAACGAAUGAUUUCGUGCGAGAGAGAAGCGAGAAAAAAAAAGCAAAAUCUAAGUGAAGUAGGUUAAAGAAAUACUAGAUUUUACACUUUUUCUAAGUAUAGAAUAAGAUAUGCGAUGUGUGUAAAGGAAAAAAGAGGUGAAAGAAGGUUACUGGUAUUUAUAUAUACUGGUACAUAGUUGCUUCGGUUGUGCGUCGAUUAAUGAUAGUGAGUAAGAAACGCGCGCGCGGCUUACAUUAGGAUCUAUGCCUUCUACGUAUAUCUACGUAAAAGAUAUGUGUCGUUGCGCAUCUCUCUCCGUGCCGCUGGAUAAUACCGACUACAAACUGGUACAAACUGGUAUCCGUCUCUUGUCACAUGAGCUUGUUUUGAAGACUGCGAAACUUUCUGAAAGUGACUCGGUCACUAUAUAGCUGUACAAAACGCAAUUUGAUAAGUCACGAUGGCAGGCGUCUUCGAAAACGUGGCGAAAUUUAGCGAUUUUAACAGAUUAAGCAAAGAUAGAGGUAGAUUCGUUCUCGAGACGAAAUUGUACACACGAAAAAUAUAUUAUUUAUUAAAAAUUACGAACACCUUAUAUAAAAGAUUACUUCGGAUUAAUGGCCAUUUUAUUCUUAGCUUUGUUUUGAAAAACGGGCUCUUAAAUUCGUCUCCUUAAAGUGGUAAACGUCGCGUUUUGUUCUGCAAUUCUUUUCCCUUACGUAGCUUCUCCCCUAUUUACCUCUUUAAUCCGCUUAGCGCGUUUUUUCUUUUCAUCUGCCACCCGCAACACGAGUCGGAAACGAACCCACAGAGAAUAAAUUAAAGUUCAUUUGUUUAUCGAUAAGUCGAGACGUAAUUAUUUUGUCGCUAGUUGCGCACGAAGCAAAAGGAGUUUAGCGGUCGAAGGGUUGCGUAACGCCUAAUGGAGUGCGAUUAGCAAUUAAGCAUGUAUAUCAACUGUAUCGGUAUCUCGGAGGCUUCGGCGCGUUGCACGAGCGCAGGUCAGAUUCUAUAAUCUCGUACUUUCGCCACUGUAUUUAUUAGUCAAUUAUAAUAAUCGCCGGUCAAUAGAUAAGCGGGCGAGACGGCUGACGAUUAGACGGACGAGGGAGAAGAGGAAACGAAAUGGAAAAAAAAAACGGCAAUCAAUAAGGAAAGUGUAUAGGCACAAAGCGAGAUAUAAAAUUACUGUUACAUCGAGUUUACGCCUAUCGGAAAUACAUAAACGUUCCCCCUGUUGAAAGUAUAAUAUAGAAAGAAAAAAAAAUGUGUAUGUAUAUAACGAGAUCUAUAUAUGUUUAAACGUAUACGCGUUUCGCGCGCGUACAAAGUCCUACCACGUGCCCUUAAAAAGCCUCAACCCUACAAAAAUCUCAACUCCCCCCCCUCCCUCCUACCCCGACCCCUUUGAAAAAAAAAGAAAGACCAAAAAAACAGAUAGAAAUAUUCUACGUUUUGUAUGAGUACUUAGUUUUUACCUCGUUAUACGUUACCACUGUAGGUGUGUAUAAAACAAAACAAAAAAAGAACGAAUCGCGCGAGAUAGUGCACGGGGUAAACGAUUAAAACUGUUUUGCUCCCGUCAUUGUCGAGCCGACUGCAAAAUACACAGCGCAGAAAUAAACAAUGUUUAUAAAUCA